UUGCCUUACGUCACUUCCGCGCGCCUCUAAACGUCACUGCCGGGCGCGGACAGCGCUACGGACCGCUGUUCAAGUUCUGUCUGAGUGGCCUUUCGCGAGCCAUGGAGAGUGACUUUUAUCUGCGUUACUACGUGGGUCACAAGGGCAAGUUCGGCCACGAAUUCCUGGAAUUUGAGUUCCGACCGGAUGGGAAAUUGAGGUAUGCCAACAACAGCAAUUACAAGAAUGAUGUCAUGAUCAGAAAAGAGGCUUAUGUACAUAAGAGUGUGAUGGAGGAACUGAAGAGAAUAAUUGAUGACAGUGAAAUUACCAAAGAGGAUGAUGCUUUGUGGCCUCCCCCGGACCGAGUGGGCCGGCAGGAGCUUGAAAUCGUCAUUGGAGAUGAACACAUUUCUUUCACAACAUCAAAAAUUGGUUCCCUCAUUGAUGUCAAUCAAUCCAAGGACCCAGAAGGCUUACGAGUAUUUUAUUAUCUUGUCCAGGACCUGAAGUGUUUGGUCUUCAGUCUUAUUGGAUUACACUUCAAGAUUAAACCAAUCUAGAUUGAAUAUUGGUGUGGACACUAGGGGGGUGGGAGUAGCUGGUUUUCAUUACCAUUAUCAGGAAAUUUUUGUGUAUAGAAGGCCAAUAUUUUUUUUAUAAACUGUAAAUGAUUGUCUUCAAUAAAUAUAUAACAAAAUGCAAUUAUUAUUUUA